CCAUAAUAAAAUGGCACAAAUAGCAAAAUUAUAGAUAUUGAUUGAAAAUUACAUGCUGACUGACUGACAACAUUGGAAUUUCUUGUCUCUCAGAGUCCACCUCCAGCAAAUAGUCAAUAACCAAAUCCAAUUAGCAGCCAAAACUUUAAUUCUUGAUGGAAAAAAUGUAAUCCUGGAAAGUCAAGAAGCUGCCAUAUACACUUUAUCCUUGCCUUGGCUUGACCAUGGGGAUAUAUGCAGAAAAGCUCUGCCAGAAAACUGAUCUUAUAAGCAAUCAAAAGGAUUCUCACUCGUAUGGGUAAAUUGUGAUUCGAGAAGAAAUAUAUAAUCCUAAUCAACUAAACUAAUCUAUUUCAGAGCUUGUUGUAACAUCCGCAUGGACCAAUUCGUUUACACAAAGUUAAUUUUUGAAAACAUUAUUGAAAGUGCUAAGGGAAGUUAAAAUUUGAAAGUUGAAACCAGACUACAGGGGCACAUCAAAUUUGCUCAGAAAGCAAAAACCGAUGCAUAAUUUGUCCGACCGCAUUUAGUGUUAUAGCCAAGUUUCCUUUUGAAAAGAGUGCAUGUGAUAAUCUCUAAGUGGAGAGAAAUGUGAAUCCGAAUAGCUUGAUUCGCUAAUCUUCACUUUUCCUAGUCAUCAAACCCUUUGUCUCUUCUUCUUAAAGCAAAACACCACCUUUAUAAUCAUCUUUUUCUUCUUUUUUUUUUCAUUUCCAUCUCCACUCCUUAUAUUCAUUAUAGAUCAGAUUACCACCGAGUGAUUUACACUAAAGGUUCUGGUGUUGCUGAGAGAAAGAGGAAAGAUGUCCGAUUGGGGGCCGGUUUUCGUGGCAGUGGUGCUGUUCAUACUGCUAACACCAGGGCUGCUGAUUCAGUUCCCAGGAAAGUCCAGGUGCAUAGAGUUCGGUAACUUUCAGACCAGUGGACUAUCCAUCCUGGUGCAUUCCAUAAUUUACUUCGCACUCAUCUGUAUCUUCUUCUUAGCUGUUCGUGUGCACAUGUAUUCAAGGAAUUUUCUUGUAAUGGCAGAUUGGGCUCCUGUACUUGUUGGGGUGGUGCUGUUUGUGUUGCUAUCACCAGGACUUUUGUUUUCAUUUCCAGGGAACAGCAAGCAGCUGGAGUUUGGGAGCAUGAAGACUAAUGGCAAGGCCAUUGCUGUCCACACUCUUCUUUUCUUUGCCAUCUAUGCUGUUUUCAUCCUGGCUAUCCACCUCCAUAUCUACACUGGCUGAACCUGGUGGCACUUCCUUGCCGGUGAGAGUCUUGUUAUUGGUCUCUCUAUUCAAGAUCUGUGUUGGGUUUUACUUGGUUAAUCUUUGUAUGAAAUUUGUGGUUCAGAUCUUUCUUUGCCAAAGAUUUACUUUUUGCUGUUAGAAAAAAAAAAAAUCUCUUUUUUCCUCUCUUUCAAGAGAAAGAAUUUAAGAUUGUGGAACAUAAUUAUCACUGUCCAAUUUCUAAACCUUGAUCCUCUGAAUUAAUUAAACCCAGGCGAUUAGUCAUUUGAAGUAAUUUGUCACUGUUGCUACUGCCUUUGAAAGUUUUUGCUGGGUGAUUUAUCGUAUUACGUUUAGCUAUUUCUUCAUUUUGCUUGGGUGCUGGAAUAAAGAGCUCUUCUAUUAUUUGGAAAGCCAAAAGUAACUAGAAGAAGAAACCUGGGAGACUUUAAGGCUAGUAGGUAUUCCCACUUCUGAACUUAUUCUUAGUUUUCCUAUUGAUUUCUUUGCGGACAAUUUCAAAGGCAAUCUAAAGGGCACUCGCCCCUUUUGUUUUGUUUGGUAAUUCAGAAAUAACUAAAGACACUUGUAGAAAUAGAGAUGUAUGCUGAAAGUUUUUGGGAUUUUAGAAAGCAGAGUUGAAGAUCUCGUUCAUAUGACCAUCAUCCGUCAAUCAACGUGUGACACCUAACAAUGUGUGAUAUGAUUUAAUAUGAUAUAUAAAUUGAAAUUGAAAUUUAUAUUUA